AUGGGUAUGCUUUCAACGGUUGGAGUUGAUCAACAAACUUUGAUGGAUAUUUCAUCAAAUAUGCAAAGGUUAAAAAUGUAUCCAUAUUUUGAUACAGCUCAUUACCUUUUAGCUAUAAUUUCAGUCAGAGAAGAUUUAGGUACUAAUGGAACUUUUUUUUCACGUAAACAUCCAUUAUCAUGUUGGUUAUCAUCAAUGGUUGUUUGUUUUGCCGGUAGUUUUUUAGCAAAUUUUCUUCUUGGUGAACCUGUUAUUGCUCCAUUUAAAAGGCAUGAUGAUAUACUUCUGGCUUCUUUCAUAUGGUACCUUGUAUUUUAUUCACCAUUUGAUAUAGUUUACAAACUCGCAAAAGUCACUCCAAUCAAAAUAUUCUUGUCAAUUUUAAAAGAAACACAACGUGCCUAUAAAGUCUCUCAUGGGGUAACAUAUGCUGCUAAAUUAUAUCCAAAUGCUUACCUUGUUCAUAUUGCUGUUGGUACAGCUAAAGGUGCCGGUGCUGGUAUUAUAAAAGUAUUUGAACAACUUGUUAGAGGUGUUUGGAUGCCUCAACAAAAUGAAAUAUUAAGACCAUCCUUCCAAACUAAAGCAUGUGUAGCAGCAGCAAUUAUUUUUACAUUAAAUAAACAUUCUAUUUAUAUAACAACUUCAUAUGAUUUAAUAUAUCUUGCUAUUGUUGCAUUCUUUGUUUAUUUUAAAUUAAGUUCAAUCUUCCUUAAUGUUCAUGAUGCCUUUGCACCAUUUGAAAAUCUUUUUUGUGCCAUUUUUAUGGGAGGAAUAUGGGACGCGCUUACAAGAGCUCUUGCUGCUAGUCGUGAAAGAAAAGCAGCAAAUGGAAAAGUUGAAAAUAAUAGUAUAACACCAGAAAGUAAAAAAGAACAAUAA